CCGCCUACUCCGCAUAGUGGCCUAGUGCAGUGUGCAGUGCAACCGACGUAUAUCGAAUUUUACAAUUUAUUUUAUUUGCUUUUAGUAAUUAAAUUAUCUAACUAACAAUUAUGGCUCCCACUUACAUUACAAACAGGUGCAUAGUGGAAACACAACUGCGAGGGCCAAUGCUAAAGGUAGUACUAUCAGUUAUGAGAUUUGAAGAUGAUGCCAAUGAAAUUGUCACCAACAAUUAUAUAAAUGGGAUGGCUUUAGUUGUUGUAAGCAUGAGGCCUCUAAAAACACCUGAAUUCCAUCUUCAAGUCAAUGUUAAAAUAAAGAAGACUAUUCAGGCAAAGAAGAAAACAGUCUCACUGAAUGUGACCGCAGAAGGCUUCAACAAGGAAAUACUUUGUCAGGAUGACUGGCUUGAAUUUCAAAUACCAACCAAAAAGUAUGACGGUUUUUUAAGCAAAAAAAGUAACAUUUUUUUAUAUACAAUUACAAUCAAUUUUGUAAUACAAGAUGCAACACAUUCUGUUGUAUGCAAUGAACAUUAUAAAGAACUUUAUGAAGAAACAGAGUUCACAGACUUCAAACUUCAGGCGGAAGAUGGUACCGUGCCGGUGCACAAGAGUGUAUUGUUCGUACACAGUGAGAUGUUCCGAGCCAUGCUGAAAGGACAAUGGAAAGAGACGGGACAAGGUAGCAUCGACAUGGUAGGAGUCACAGUAAAGACCCUGCAGUGCUUAAAGGCAUACAUGUACUUGGGGACCAUUCCAAAUACAGAGUUAGAAUUAAAACCACUAUUACUGCUGGCUAGACGGUGCCUGAUGGACAAGUUGGCAGCGGGCUGCAUCGAGAAACUGAUUGCAACUGCGAAGUUGGACACGUUGGAUGGGCUGAUUGAAUACGCUGUUCAAAACAACAUACCUGAAUUGAUAAAAGGAAUAGUUUUAAGAACUCCCGAUAAUGCUUUAGGCAAAAUCAGUAUGGUAACAUUUAUUUAGUGCGUAGUCUGUGCCGAUGGAAAGUUUCCAAAAUUCUGAAAUUUUCACAUAUGAAAACUUCGGGAACCUUCCAUACUUUGUAUGGAUGGAAACUUUUCAUUUCAUAAAUUUAUAUUUCCCUUAUUUUUCGUGAAUUUUUCAUGAAACUUAAGAUUUUUAAGGAAAGUUUCUGCAACUUGCACAUCACUAGUUGGCUUCUUGUUCAAUUUAAGACUCACUAUAAAAGUUUCAGUUUUAUUUUUAAGAUUAAAAAAGCAGGA